AUGUUAAUUGACGAAAUUUUUAAUAAUUGUCUGUGUAACAUAGCAAAAAUUCUAGAGGACAAUAAGAAAAAACCAGGAAUUAAAGAAGAAAUUACAACAUUAAAUGAUGAAUUGUCCAAAUUACUUCGAGCGAAAGAUGAGAAAGAAGUAGAAGAAAAAGCAGAAGAAACACAGGCAGUAGAUAUCAACAUUGAUGAUAGCGACAGUAAUACUAAAACAUGGGAUAAAAAAAUUAAAAGAAAAAUUAGAAUGUUCUCAAAAAUAAUCACAAUUCAUAAAUCACCAACUUCUUUAAAAUCAUUUGAUAGUGACGAGAUUGAAUAUGAUGAAUUAACAGAUGUCCACCCACCAAUCACUCGGGGUAGUAAAGAUCAUGUAAAACAAAAAAUGUAUCUAGGGAUAAGAAACAUUGCAGAAAAAUUAAUUUCUUCUAGUAAACCAUCACAUAAUGGACCAGAAUUUAUUAAAUUAAAAGAAGAAAUUGUAUUUUUGAAAAAACUUUCAAAAUGUUAUCACAUUUUAGACGUUCCAGCAGGAUUCUUUCUUAUAUCACAAUGGGGAGAUUAUAACCUUCGUACUAUACUCACUGAAGAGCCUGAACGUCUUAAUUGGUCGGAAAAAUCAGCUAGUGAUCCGAUUGAUGAUGAAAGAUGGUCUGCACCCGAAAGACUUAACGGUGAAGAAUAUACAAAAGCCAGCGAAAUUUAUAGUUUUGCGAUUAUUUUAUGGGAAAUUGCAACAAACAAAUUGCCAUAUAAAAAUAUCUCAAAUGAAGAAUUAAAAACAAAAAUAAUCAAUGGUGAAAAGCCGACACCAAAAUCAGUUCCAGGGACACCAAAGAAUUAUCAACAAGUGAUAGAACGUGGAUGGUGCGAUAGACCAAAUGAUAGAUCAACCAUCGAAGAAAUGGUUGUUAUACUUGAUAAAUUGAGUUUUGAUUAUAUAGCAGGAAAAAAAGUUGAUACGAUUGGUGAUGAUAAAGUUGGCUUAUUAUCACUGAUGGAUAAUUCGGAUGCGAGAUCUAUAAACGAUGCAUCAUCAAUAUUGGAGUUAGACAAUGAAUAUUAUACGCCUGUUGAUUUACCGGAUACCGAUGAUCAACAACAUAAACAGAUGUUAAUAAAAUUGGAACAAUUAAAUCCGUUCAACAAAAAGAAUCACGAUAUUCAAAAGGCGAUUCAACUUCACGAGGAAAAAUCUUACAAAAAAGCAUGGAAGAUUUUCAGUGAUUUAGAAAAAAAGAAUUCUACACCUGAAUCAAAAUUUUGGGUAGGAUUUUACUAUUAUAAGGGAUAUUACGAAGGUGCAAAUGGGAAAGCAAACUCCAAAGAAGCUAUGAAGUAUUUAUCCGAAGCUGCAAAACUUGAUCAUGUAGAUGCACAAUAUUGGUAUGCAACUGUGAUAUUAAAUAAUGGUUUGGCAUCGAAAGAACAUGAUAAUGUUAGAUAUAAAGUAGCAUUAGAUUAUUUAAGGCAAGCUUCUAAAUUAGAACAUCCUUUGGCAUUAAGAAAGUUGGGAAGAAUUAUUCAGAAAGGUGAAUAUGGCGUGAAAUUGGAUCGUAGUAUAGGCAAAGGUAUGGUUGAAAGAAGUAAAAGUUUCUCCGGUAAUAUUAAUAAUAAUAAAGAAAACGAAAGGCCACAAAUAAAUAGAACUAGUACUAUCAUAUUUUAA